AUGGAAACUCAGGGGAGCAGAACGGUCAACCGGAGGAGCCAAAAAUGGCUCCCCUUCGCCAGGAGGGUGACUGAGGGUGAACGAGGAUGGGGCCCUCUGGCGGCUGCAGCACGAAUGGACAUCGGUCGAUCAAUGGGCCCAGGCACUAGGCACGGCCAACCCGAAACGCAGGUGGCAGUAAACGAGUCGCGCGUGGGCUUUGGUCCACGUGACGCCAAGACCGACCACGGUGAGCGAGCGGCCUAA